AUGGAUAUUAAUAAUAAUGCAUCAAAGAGCAAGAGAGUGGGUCGGUCGCAGAGGAAAAUGCUAACGGAGGAGGAGGCCUUGCACAGACAGGCUCUAUCAAUGGCAAUUAAUCAGCUCCAGUUGUCCCAAAGAUUCGACGGCUCCAUGUCGCGCAGAGUUGGAUCUAUAAGCUCUCGACGAGAUCCAUUAUCUAAUGGGAAACAGGUACCGCUUUCAGCCCGUUACACCUAUCUCUUUUAUCGAAUCGAAGCAGAUUAG